GGGUGUUUGUUUUUUCGGUUUAUUCGGUUUUACUAUUACGCGGACGUAUAUGUGAGAGCGAGAAGGGAAAUGGUGUCGGACCAAGAAAUAGCCCAAGGCGUGGAGACUGUACUCCGUCAACAAGGCCCUAACGACGUCACCUCCUUAAACGGCGUCGUUCAGCAGCUCGAGGCCAAGCUAGGGCUGGACCUCUCCCACAAGGCUGCCUUCAUUCGCGACCAGAUCAACUUCCUCCUCCGCCCCUAUCAGCAACCACCACCACAAUUACAACCGCCAAAAGACCAUUUUGCCCUCCACCCCAGCCACAACAACCCCUACCUCCACCACCCCCACCCCCAAUUCGCUCCCUCACCUUUCCUCACCCAACAAUUUCCUUCCCAUUUUGCCCUCCACCCCCACUCCCGGCCUCCUCCGCCGGAGGCCUACACCUUCCAGGCGCAGCCGCCGCCUCAGCAACUCCGGCAUACGGUGGUCCAUCCACCGCCGCAGCAGCAGCCGCCUCCUCCCAAGUUUGAAGUCUUCGCCGCCCAGAAUGCCACCCCUGCGGCCACGGAAACUCCCAAGGACAGUGGUCCGACUACUGGAACUAAAAGAAGAGGUGGGGCUGGCGGUUUAAAUAAAGUCUGUGGUGUCUCACCUGAGCUUCAGGUUGUUGUUGGUGAACCGGCCUUGCCAAGGACUGAGAUUGUGAAGCAGCUCUGGGCAUACAUAAGGAAACACAACCUCCAAGAUCCAAGUAAUAAGAGAAAGAUUAUUUGUGAUGACGCCUUGCGUGUGGUAUUCGAGACUGAUUGUACUGACAUGUUCAAGAUGAAUAAGCUGCUGUCCAAGCAUAUUAUAACUCUUGGACCUAAAAAGGAGCCGCCUCAAGCUAAGCGAGUGAAGUUAGAUGUUGAAUCUGCAACUGACACUACUGAUAGUACUCAAUCUGAUUCCUCAACUGUUACAAUAUCUGAAGCACUAGCUAAAUUUCUGGGUUUGGAAGGGAGGGAGAUGCUCAAAUCUGAGGCAAUUAGACUUGUUUGGGAAUAUGUAAAGGCUAACAAUUUGGAGGAUCCUGUAAAUACUAUGGUGAUAGUAUGUGAUCCAAAGCUCCAUGAGCUUCUUGGAUGUGAUAGCAUAUCUGCUCUGGGGGUUCAAGAGAUGUUAGACCGCUAUCAUUUCAUCAGACAGUCAUGAUCUAUGGUAGUCUUGACCGGCGAUGGGACAUAUGCCAUCUGGUCUCUUCUGAUGGUAGAGAAGAUAGGGCAGAACCUUUUUUUUUUUGGUGCACUGACGUGGCUAGGAGCCUAGGUGAUAUGCUAUUUUACAUGUAUUGGUUGAUUAUAUUUUAGAAACUUAUGUGCUUCGGUCAUUUGCAAGGAAUUUCUUGGUAUGCGGCCAUUGCCCUGUGUUUAGUUCUUAGUUGUGGUCUUCUCCUAACCUUUAAAACUGUCGCAGAAUGAUAAAUGCUCUGUACAGCCUGGAAGGACCUUUGUUUGUAAUAUGUUGGAUAGCAAAAAGUGUUAGUUUUAAGUUUUUAAUUGCAACUGGUGUUCCUUGACAGAAAAUACAGGUUUUAACUGCUAUUUGUUUCAUUUUCUCUAUCGAAUAGUUAAGUAUUCUUGCCUACAGUUCAAAGUAUGGAAGUUAUUUUUCUUGGAAGGUAAUUAUUCU